AUGGCUAGACAUAGAAGAUCUACUGCAAAGCUUCCUCCUACGGAUGUGAACCAGAUGGCUCACGCCAUGGAGGCCAUGACAGCCACUGCCACCAUUAUAAAGAGUCUUAAUGUAGAGGAUGCUGGUGGAGUUGGGAAGGCUCCAUCUAGUAGAGCCGCUAGCAGCUAUGGUAAUGGAGGUAAGGGUGCCAAGAAGAGCCCUUACAAUCGGCCGCCACGCCAGCAACAGUUUCAACCAUCUCAAUCGAGGGGAUCGCCUAGAGGAGCGGGUUCUUCAGCUCCUAGAGCCUCAAUGCCCAAGACUGUCAGAUGUUUCAGGUGUGGUGGGCCACACUACCCAAACCAGUGCCUACAGACUGAUGUCAGAGUUUGCUUCUCGUGCCAGCAGUCAAGGCACCUUGCUAGGGACUAUCCUACACCUAGUGGGACAAUUUCGUCUUCUGCUAGCGCCUUACACGCUGUGAGGCCUAGAGCGGUCAGAGCUCUGAUGACAACCAGAUCGAGAGCAGAGGGAUAUGUAUUCACGACUUCUGCAUUAGAGCUAGCCUAG